CAUGCGCACAUGAGGGAAACAGUCAUGGCGGCGGGAGAGAAACCCACGAAAGAAAAGCUGUUAUCUGCUCUGGAUGAUAUUGAAGUUUUAGCCAGAGAGCUGAUAGAGAUGAUGGCACUGUCCAGGACACAGAAGCUGCCCCUCCCUGGAGAGGACACACAGAUUUUGGAGCUGUUAGUGCAGAGAGAUAAAGAGUUCCAGGAGCUGAUGCAGAUGGCAGAAGAGCAGGGCAGAGUGCACCAGGAGAUGCAGACACUGGAGAAGGAAGUUGAGAAGAGAGACAGUGAUAUCCAGCAGCUCCAGAAACAACUCAAAGAGGCGGAGCAUAUACUGGCCACCGCUGUCUAUCAAGCCAAAGAAAAACUGAAGUCUAUUGAAAAGGCCAGAAAAGGGAGUAUCUCUUCAGAAGAGAUCAUCAAGUAUGCUCACAGGAUUAGUGCCAGUAAUGCAGUGUGUGCACCUCUUAACUGGGUUCCAGGUGACCCCCGCAGGCCAUACCCCACUGAUCUGGAGAUGCGCAGUGGAAUGCUGGGUCACAUGAGCAACAUGUCCACCAAUGGAGUGAAUGGACACCUGCCUGGAGAUGCAUUGGCUGCUGGAAGAUUACCAGAUGUGCUAACCCCACAGUAUCCUUGGCAGUCCGCUGAUGUUUCCAUGGGGAUUCUGCCUCCUCACCAUGGCAACGAUUUUGGCCUGGAGCCACCUGGUCAUAAUAAGGAAAAUGAAGAUGAUGUCGAGGCCAUGUCAACAGAUUCCUCCAGCAGCAGCAGUGACUCAGACUGAGUGUGUGUGUGUGUGCGUGCGUGCGUGCACAAGAUGCGUAGGCAGUUACCUGUGUAAUAGUCUGGAGAAAGUACGGCAUCUACAUCUGUUUAACCCAUCUCAGUAAUUCUGAAUAUCCAGAAGAUGGCAUCGUAAAAUGCCUUGAGGCGGAGCAAACCUACACCAGCUCUCUCUUCAUUACGGUUUUACAGCCUACAGUUAUCAUUUGUCUGUGUCAUUCUGAAGUCUUACUGGCCUCAUAAAUGUCAUUAAUAUGUUGUUCUCAUUGUGUGGAGUGUGACAGGCUGAUUUGCAUAUAUUUGCAAUCCAGUGGAGCGUAAUGUUGACAUGAACAAAUUUACACGGCUGGAAUAAAAAUAGUACUGUAAAUACCUGUUAAAUUUCAGACUCUGUAAAUAAAACUUAAAAACUUUUAUUAUAUUUUCUUUUCACAAAAAUGGCUACUUUUGUUUUAUCUCUUGUUUUGAUUGUCGGUGUACUUUGAAAUUGUUUUUCUCAGAAAGGUAAAAGGUGAAAUAGCUGUAUGGGAAGGUGUUUGGUGGAAGUGAUAGUCUUCCAAAAGCUAUAUAUAGUGACAUCCAAAAAUACUUGCACUUUUCAUGCUCGGUGCACAUGUGUACAGAAUAGACUGUCAUCUCACAUUUAUUCAUAUUGGGCUUUUUUUUUUUUUACAGAACACAAUCUAGAGAGAAAUGAUAUCCAGUACUUGAAUAAGCCUGAACUCAUGCAUCCCAGUAACUGAGGUAUUGCUGUUUAAACAUUUAUAUUCUUUAGCACUGCAGUUAUCACAAUUAAAAGCUAUCUCUAAACUUCUGAAUCAGUUGUUCUAUUUAAAGGGCACCUAUUAUGGAAUUUUGAAAAUUACCUUUCAUGUAGUGUGUAACAUAGAUUUAAGUGAACAAAAACAUCCAGCAAAGUUUUAUAUAUGAAAGUUCACCAUAAAAAAAGUUAUUGUCUCUCAAAAGUAGGAGUCGACUCUGAGUCAAUGUAAUGAAUCGUUUGUCUAAUGAGUCAUUUUCCUUUUCGUUGUGACGUCAAGACAAAAAAUUAUCAAAUUGGCCACGCCCACUCAUUGCGCGCGCAGACACCAGGGAAAAAUUGAAAACAUCAUGUCGACAACAAGACGCUUGAUACUGAAGGAAGGUUCAGUACCAAGUUUAUUUGGAUCAGCUUCCUCCUCCAAAUCACAACCUGUAAGUAUUAUUAAUAAUUGUUGCUUUUAUGUGUUUUUUAGCAUGUUAAUAAGUAUGUGUGUGUGUUGUGUACGUUACGCUCAGCGCAGCUUCUAGGUCUCCAAUGUCAAUUUUUUUGAAAUAUGUGAAAUGUUUGUCGAUGUUAUUGGAGUUGUCAUAAAGAAUAGAGCAAUAACUUGUAGUAAUGCAGUGCUUUACCAAUAUGUUUAUGCGUUGGGCUAACGCAAACAAUAACUGAUUGGGUGUUUACCACCGAACUUUGGGCUAUGAUCGCUAAUAUAAAUCAACUCAAAUUCCUUCUCUGAUUUAGAUUGUUUUACUACAAAG